AUGUUUAUGAGACAAAAUAAUGUUAAGGGCAAAAACAUUGCUUUCACUAAAAUUCUCAAGAGUACGAAACUAGUGAUGUACAACAGCAAAAGAAGCUUCCAAGAGAUCUUGCUCAGCAAAAUCACACUAGAGGUUAAUGAGAAUGCAAACAGUAACUUUGCAACGAUCCAUUGCAUAAUUCAUCAGGAAAAUCUGUGUGCAAAGUCUCUAAAAUUUGAGAAUGUUAAGCGUGUGGUUGUUUCAACCAUCAAUUUUAUAAAAUCCCAAGCACUUAACCAUCACCAGUUUAAAGAGUUCUUAGAAGAACUUGAAUUAGAGUAUGGUGACCUUGUUUACUACUGUGCAGUUUGUUGGCUAAGUAAAGAGAAAAUGCUUCAACGAUUUUAUAGCCUAAGAGAAGCGGUAUGUACUUUCUUAGAAAGAAAUGGUAAAUUUGUUCCCGAGCUGAAAAAUGAUAACUGGAUUUGUGACCUUGCAUUCCUCGUGGAUAUAACAACACAUUUAAAUGAUUUAAAUUUAAAAUUGCAAAAGCAAAAUCAGUUAAUUCAUGAGAUGUAUUCUCGUGUCAAAGCUUUUCAAGCAAAACUUCAAAUUUGGGAGAAUCAACUCAGGAUUGGUGAUGCUUUCCAUUUCCCCACACUAGCCAUUCAUGAGUCAACAUCUAGAUAUGAUGAUUCUGCUGUGAAACUAAGUGAGCUGAAAAAAAGGACUGAACGCCAGGUUUAA